GUUCGCGGCUCGCCACCCGCCGCCGCCACAGCCGCGCCGCUUUCCUGAGCCGCCGCCCGCCCCUGCCGGCGUCCUCGCUCGCUCCCUGCGCAGCGGAAACAUGGCGGCUGGAAGGGAGUGAGACGCCCGCGCCCCCGCGCCCCGCGCCGCGGUCGCCCUCAGAUGGAGAAAUUAAUAUACAGUGAAACUGACUUGUCAGCGGUCAGAGCAAGAUAUAGGUGAAUCCAGGAAUAAGUUUGAAGCCUCUUCUCUCCUUGCUUAGUUUUUAGUCCAUUGACUAUGCAGCCUAGUGACUGGAAUGAUGUGAGAAAACAUAAGUAUGAUCAGCUGUCAGAGUCUGCAUCUCAGUAUCGAGGACCUGUUAACAUCCUGGAGAUAGCAGCUAGUGCUUUUUGCAUGUCCCAAAUUGGCCCUGUGCUGCUCCACUACAGAGGAAACUUCAAGAAAUGCUGGUUUGCUACAGUGUUUUAGCUUGUGAGAGUCUCUGGGACCUUCCCUGCUCCAUCAUGGGGUCACCUCUAGGUCAUUUUACCUGGGACAAAUACCUAAAAGAAACAUGUUCAGUCCCAGCGCCUGUCCAUUGCUUCAAGCAGUCCUACACACCUCCAAGCAAUGAUUUCAAGAUCAGCAUGAAACUGGAAGCUCAAGACCCAAGGAACACCACAUCCACCUGUAUUGCCACAGUAGUUGGACUGACAGGUGCCCGACUGCGCCUGCGUCUUGAUGGCAGUGACAACAAGAAUGACUUCUGGAGACUGGUUGACUCCUCCGAGAUACAGCCAGUUGGAAACUGCGAGAAGAAUGGUGGCAUGCUGCAGCCCCCACUAGGAUUCCGGCUGAAUGCCUCCUCUUGGCCCAUGUUCCUUUUGAAGACACUAAAUGGAGCAGAGAUGGCUCCCAUCAAGAUUUUCCAUAAGGAGCCACCAUCACCUUCCCACAACUUCUUCAAAAUGGGAAUGAAGUUAGAAGCUGUAGACAGAAAGAACCCUCAUUUCAUUUGCCCAGCCACUAUUGGAGAAGUUCGAGGCUCAGAGGUGCUUGUCACUUUUGAUGGGUGGCGAGGUGCAUUUGAUUACUGGUGCCGCUUUGACUCCCGGGACAUCUUUCCUGUGGGCUGGUGUUCUUUGACUGGAGAUAAUCUGCAGCCACCUGGCACCAAAGUUGUGAUUCCAAAGAAUCCUUCCCCUGCAUCUGAUGUGAAUACUGAGAAGCCCAGCAUCCACAGCACCAAAACUGUCUUGGAGCAUCAACCAGGGCAGAGGGGGCGCAAACCAGGAAAGAAGCGGGGCCGAACACCCAAGAUCCUUAUUCCCCAUCCCACCUCUACCCCAUCCAAGUCAGCUGAACCUUUGAAAUUCCCAAAGAAGAGGGGUCCCAAACCUGGCAGUAAGAGGAAACCUCGGACUUUGCUGAGCCCACCACCCACCUCACCAACAACCAGCACCCCUGAACCGGAUACCAGCACUGUUCCCCAAGAUGCUGCCACCAUCCCCAGUUCAGCCAUGCAGGCUCCCACAGUUUGUAUCUACUUGAACAAGAGUGGCAGCACAGGCCCCCACUUGGAUAAGAAGAAGAUCCAACGGCUUCCUGAUCAUUUCGGGCCAGCCCGUGCCUCCGUGGUGUUACAGCAGGCUGUCCAGGCUUGCAUUGACUGUGCUUAUCAUCAGAAAACCGUCUUCAGCUUCCUCAAACAGGGCCACGGCGGUGAGGUCAUCUCAGCCAUGUUUGACCGGGAACAGCACACCCUCAACCUCCCAGCAGUCAACAGCAUCACCUAUGUCCUCCGCUUCCUGGAGAAGCUCUGCCACAACCUUCGGAGUGACAAUCUGUUUGGCAACCAGCCCUUUACACAGACUCACUUACCACUCACUGCCACAGAGUACAGCCACAGCCACGACAGGUACCUACCAGGUGAAUCCUUCGCCCUGGGGAAUAGCCUGGCCCGGUCCUUGGAGACACACUCAGACUUGAUGGACACUGCCUUGAAGCCUGCCAGCCUUGUUGGCACCUCCCAAAACAUUCGAACUCCUGGUUAUCGGCCCUUGGCUCCCUCCUGUGGCCUCCCAUUGAGCACUGCCUCAGCUGUGCGUAGACUCUGCUCCAGGGGAGUGCUGAAAGGAACAAAUGAAAGGAGAGAUAUGGAAUCAUUUUGGAAACGAAGUCAUUCCCCAGGGUCAGAUCGGUAUCUGGAGAGCCGAGAUGCCCCUCGCCUGAGUGGCCGGGACCCUUCUUCAUGGUCAGUGGAGGAUGUGAUGCAGUUUGUCCGGGAAGCAGAUCCUCAGCUUGGACCCCAUGCUGACCUCUUCCGAAAACACGAGAUCGAUGGCAAGGCCCUGCUCCUGCUGCGCAGUGACGUGAUGAUGAAGUACAUGGGCCUGAAGCUGGGGCCCGCCCUCAAGCUCUCCUUUCACAUUGACCGGCUGAAGCAGGGCAAGUUCUGAACAGGAGGCAUUCUCCCCGGAAGCCGCCAGCCAGCUCCCAGGCACCUCCAUAGGGCUCUGGGUGACCUCAGGACUCCAGGAGGCUGGAGAACCACCACUACUGCCCCCCCCCCAACCAUGAUGUGUCCUUCCAUGAAGGACUGAGGAGGGAAGAGUGUGGGCCCAGGGCUGGUGCUGCUCUUCCCCUUGGCCUGCUGUGGCUCCCAGGCCCCUCCUAUUUAUUUCUCAAGGCUUGCCAAGCCACUCCUCACAAGUUUAGACUGAGCACCUUGCAAAGAGAUGGAGGAAAAGGCCAACUUUAGGGCCUUGAAAGGCCCUGACACCCAGGCCCCUCACCGCCUCCUGGGCUUGGGAGAGGGUCCCAUGGCCCCCAGCUCAUGCCUUCUCACCAGAUCCCCAGACUCUGAACUCAUGGUGCAGACCUUUUUUAAAAAGCUCCUUUCUUGUUGCUAAUUUAUUGCUUCUGGCACUUGGACUUCAUGCUUUUCUUGCACCAGACAUUUUUGGGAAGGAGACCACCCUCUGUGUUCCAGAGAGGGCCUCUCCAGAGAAGUAUGACCCUGUUCCAGAGGACACUGACCUAGGGCUCUUCCUCUCUGGAAUGGACAGAGGUAUAUAGCUGACUGGGCAUGGAAAGGUGAGGGUCCCUCUUCCCACACUAGGCCCUUUGUAGCCCCAGUCUCUAUCUCUGAUGUAUUUUCCCACCACCCUGCCCCCAUCACAGCUCCCUGCCCUGUUCAGAAUUGCUGCAAAAAGUGGGACCUAAUGCCUCUAGGCCAUGGCCCCAAGGUGGGACGGAGGACCUCCAGGCUGGAGGGGUUGCCCUCUGCUAGCUUCUGUGCUUCCUCCUAAGCAAGCCAGCAGCACUGCUGCCCCCACUGCCAUCUGAACUAUUUUAUGUCAGUUUAUAAAUAAAAACCGAUACAAA